CAGCUCUUAUAGAAAAGGGACGACAUGUAUAAUCACACUCACCCCAUAAAACAUUUAUUGAUACAUUAUUGCUCUCCUUUGAAUGCAUACAAUCAUUUCAGUCACCGCCGUUUCCUCCCUGAACUCUCCAGAUUUAACCGAGCCCCAAUAUAACAGAGCGCAACAUAAUAUAUUAGACUUCCUUGCCAAAUAUUAACAAUGCACACGCCGCAUUGUGAACGGAAACGGCUUCUGCUACUUUACAGCGUGUUAUUACAUCUCGUUUACAAGGACUUUGUAAGUCUAUAAAGAGCUUUACAGGCAUGGAGGGUAUGUCGGGGCAAGGUUUCUUAGGCGUAAAGUCGAAAAGUCUUAUUGAUCUUAAAUUUAGAUACUUUAAUGCGGUCUGAUUGCUUAGAAUACGUGUAUAUGCGUUGUUCUUAACCCCGUCGCGUUUUAUUAUUAUUUCCUGCAAUGAAAACUAAAUUAAACCUGAUGAAAAAAAGGGGGAGGAUUGAUUCACUGGCUGUAUUGGUAAAUAUGACCACGUGAUCCAUGCAACCAAUCCCUGUAAGAUGCAGGCCAGCAAAAAUACUAUGAUUGUUCAUAGAGGGAAGCUUCCCGUUAACAGCGCUGCCCUUUUUAUAUGAGUUUAGGAAGGGAUGGAAAAAUGUCUUCCAGCGGCGCUCUCGGUAGCUGCUACGUGGACGCCGUGAUGGGCCAGGAGCCGGAGGAGCUGUACGGGGCUCGCUUCAUCCAGCCGCCGCACACCAUGACCCCGAGGCCGCCGCCAGGAGCCGCGGACAGCGCCGACUUCUCCUCCUGCAGCUUUUCGCCCAAAUCCGCCGUUUUCUCGCCGUCCUGGUCCUCGAUGCACCCGCAGGGACUUUAUCACCCCUAUGUCCACCAUCACCACCACCACCAGUCCCAUCUGCCCGCGUCGGACAGCAGAUACGUCGGCGUGCGCUCCUGGAUGGACCCCAUCUCCAACCACGUUUCCUUCGCCGGGUUCCAUUCCUCCGGCGGCAGACCGUACGGCAGCAAGCCGGAGCUCCUCCUUCCCGGGAAGCCCGCAGGCUGCGAGCCGCUGGAGGAGAGCGAGGCCGGGGCUGAGGCGCGACCCGCGGCGGCGGAGUUCUCCUGCGGAGGCGCGGAGUGUCCGGAGAAGCCGAGCAGGGAGCAGAGCGGGAGCGAGGCGUCGAGUCACGGCGAGCCCAAAGACGAGAAGCAGCAACAACUUGACCCAAACAACCCUGCUGCGAACUGGAUCCACGCCCGCUCCACGCGAAAGAAGCGCUGCCCUUACACGAAAUAUCAGACUCUAGAGCUGGAGAAGGAGUUUCUCUACAACAUGUAUCUGACAAGGGACCGGCGCUACGAGGUGGCCCGCAUCCUGAGCUUAACGGAGAGACAAGUGAAGAUCUGGUUCCAGAACCGGAGGAUGAAGAUGAAGAAGAUGAACAGGGAGAGGAGCGGCAAGGAGAUCAUUUAAACUCCUUUUGUUGUUGUUGUUGUCGCAACAAGGAAGCUAAUCUGAACUAUCCCCUCACAUAAAUGUGCGCAGCCGUUUCUUCAGAUGGGCCUUUGGCUGUAAAUGACAGCAUCCUCGGACACAUAUGUAUCCCAUGUGAGGAAUUUGUUCUGGUCGGAUCCAGGCCGGAUCACUUCAAGCCAUGCAAACUGGUUUUAAUUUUUUUUUAACCUCAUCAGCAGCAGACUGGGACGCUGAUGCGACAUGAAAUGUGCCAGUGUGUUGUGUGUGUGUGUGUGUGUGUGUGUAUGUGUGUGAGUACGUGUGUGUAUUUUUCGCUUUUUAAAAAAAUAGAUUUGGAGUAAAAUACUUCCACAUCAGCAAGACCUUUUGACUGCUCUGUCAGCGAGCAAACACACACACACACACACACAUAUGAUCUGUGCGACGGGAUUUAUAUGAUCUAUGUUUGCAGACAGAAAUAUGCGUUAAGCUUCCGUUGCUUAAAAGGUGCGACGCAAAUGCGUAAGACGCGUAUUUCUUAUCUUUUACAUACAUUUACAUAGAUAAAAAUAGCUAUUAGAUUUUUGUCCUUAAAAAAAAAUAGGCAUUGUUUCUGAUGGGGUUCAAAUUUCAGAUCUUUUUUCUAAAAUGAAAAAUUUUUAAACGGCGGGUUCUGUGUCAGUAAUAAAGUGUUGUUUUUUUUGGAAAGGGUG